AUGACAGACACCAAUUCCACAGCUUCAUCCCCUCGCUCCCCGAUCGCUAGCCGCGACAGCGCCAGCCCCCCUGCCAGCACAAUCUCCACACAAUCCAUUGACCCAGCAUUAUUAGACGAGGAAGAAAAUCCUCUCGAGCAAGGCAUCGCCGAUAAUGUCAUCGCACCGUCCAAGCGAUCCUACGCCAUCGGUGGAGGAGGAUACAACGCGCUAAAGACCCACAAGGGACAACUCUACUCCGGCAUGGCAGUCGGCGGCUCUCACACCUGGAACUACGACCCGGGGAUAUGGAAAGAGACCAAAGAAGAGCCUGAUCUUUGGCGAAUAGACUAUCAAACUAACAAGCGCCGAGCGCGCAAUGCACCCAAGGGUAGUGGAGCGCCCGUGGGGACGGAGUAUCACUGGUUAAUCGUGGGACAUCAGGUGAGGAAUCGAGGCCUUCGACAAUCUGCAUGA